UUUUUGUCCCUCUGUGCGCACCGUAGAAACCGGAAGUAGAAGAAAAAGCUCCAACAAGAGCAAAACAACAACAAACUGAAGCUAAAUGAUCUCUAAAAUGAGUCUCCACGUGGACAAUCAACACCCCAAAACAACGAGCAACGAUUCACGCUGCGUGUUCUUUAACACAGACUCAGAAGACUAUCAGUGCGUGGUGAUUUUAACAGUCAAACGAGCCACAGGAACCUUCUCCUUAGUAGGAUGCAUUUGCAUGCUGUUUGUGAUCUGGCUGCUUCGCAGGUAUCACUCUUUGGCUCAGAAGAUGAUUCUCAGCCUGACUGUAGCUGCCUGCUUCGAUAGCGUAGCAUAUGUCAUGGGUGAUUCGCAUCCAGAGGGAUCUCUUUGUGACUUCCAGGCCUGCUGGCUAACUUACUUCGACUGGAGUGCCUUGGCCUGGGUUUGCCUCAUCACAGUGAACCUGUACCUCAACCUGGUCCGAGAAAUCAGCACCAACAGAUAUGAGAAGUUGUACCAUCUGAUGGCGUGGGGGGUGCCACUGGUCAUGGCCUCUUUGCCACUGCUAAAGGGUUACUACGGUCCCGCAGGAGCCUGGUGCUGGAUCACAGACGAUCACGUAGCCUGGAGAUUUGGGAUAUGGUACGUGCCUCUGUUCAGCCUCAUCUUCCUGAUGAUCUGCUGCUACGCCAGGAUAAUCUGCGUGGCCAAUGCGAGGAUGCAGUCAUGGUUGGGAACCUUCAACCCAGAGAGAGAGAGACGAAAGGUUUCCUUGGCUGAAGAGAUCAAGCCGUUGAAGUGGUAUCCUUCCGUUUACCUGCUGGUGUCCAUCUUUCCCCUCAUCAACAGACUCCAUAAUGCCUUCUACCCACAGGAUCCAUCCUUUUCGCUCACCCUGUUGCACGUCUUGUCGGCACCACUCCACGGCUUGGCCAAUGCCUUCGUCUUCAGCCUGGAUAGGGAUUGGUGGAGCCUACUGAGCCCUACUGGCAUGCAGCUGGCUCUGCAGUCUCGACUGUGCGACAGGACUCGGAUCGGAGAGUACCACCCGGGGGCGGUGCGCUACACACAGGCUGACCUGGUCGACCUCAGCGAUGACGACGAGGAUGACACCAACGUGCUCUUCUACUCUCCUGACAUGGCCCUGAAAGACCGAGGGCCCUGAGAGAGAGCUGGAAGAGAGGAAGAGACAGAGACAGAAGGAGAGAGAGAGAGAAAAGGAGCACGAUGGAGGGUCACAGCCAGAGAGAGACGCAGCAGAUUAGAAACUGAGAGGAGGAACAAGAGGUAGGGAGGGAAUGGAAGGAAAGAUUGGUGGGACAGUCGGGCAGAUAGAAGGCGGAGAUGAGCUGUCAGGUUCCAUUAUUAAUCCCCAUCCUUUACUAUUUAAUAUCCUAAAGACACACACGCACACGCACACACACACACACACACACUGAGCAGAGCCGCAGCUCCCCGCAAUACUACUAUGAGAGAGGAGCGGCUCUAAAGAUCCACCUAAUGUUAAAGGCAUCUGCUGCAUCCCAAAGGUCUUAAAACAGUUUCCCUUCUCUGCACUGCCUUCUUGACUCCUGCACUCUGCAGCGUUUUGGCAUACCGCAAAAAAAUUAAAGGGAAGGAAAAAAAACAUAAAGAACGGCUGAAAGGCAAUCAUAACAAGGUGUUAGUUUAGCAUUCGCAGCAAUUACCUUUUCACUUCUCUGCAGGGGACGAGGUGAAAACCAGGCCUUUUAAAAAGCACCCUGUGUGUCAGACGUGAAAGCGUCUACGCAGAGAUUGAUCCCGGUUGUGAACAAUUUUCUUCCCGAUAGGUGGGGGGAGGUGGGGUACAGGGGAAAUACAGGAGGGGGUUUUAAAAACAGUGAAGAUGACUUGGGAGGGCAAAUAAGUCCCAAAGGAGUCUCUCCUUCCUCAGACAGUAUUUGUUUUUCUCUCUGCAUUACCGUUGUUGCAACUUUCGCACAAGUAUUAUUUUGAAAAGUUGUUUGUAUUUUUCUGAACAUUUGUUUGUUAUACUGUAUUUAUCAAUGUAUAUAUUUAAGUGUACACUCUAUUUUUGUACGUGCCUCGGACUGGAAGUUCGGUCCAAACCUGCUGCUCUCACCUGACAGUCGAGCAGAUUCACUACAUAUAGCCCAACACAGUCACACGGCAGUUUGGGAAAUAGUCGCGAAAUUAAAUCUAUUUGAUUCGUG